GGGUGUCGGGACAGCGACGAUGGCGGACGCGUACUUGUAUGCUCUGCGCGUCGAGCUCGAAGAAAACAACAAACCGAGACUCAAAAACAAGCUGGUGAAAUACUUCCAGAGCAAGAAGUCCAACGGCGGCGACUGCGAGGUGGAGUACGAGACCGGCAGCCGGACAGCGGUGCUGCGCUUCCGCAGAGAGGAGGACCGACAACAUGUGUUGAGAAAAAAGAUGCACCAGAUAAGUUUGGAGGAAGGCGUGAUGAAGAUGACCGUUCACUUGCCGACAGACGUCACAGCAGCGCAGGAAGCUCGGUCUGAGGAACUUAACACGAGAUCGGAUGUUGCCGUGAUCGACAAGCAGCCGAGCACCGGUGACGCCAUGGUUCAAACAAAGGAGACAGGCAGAGCAGAUGAGACGGCAGACGAACAGCCGUGCUCCACUUCGGCCGUUUUAGGAAAUAUUCCAGAGAACGCAAACAAGGAGUUGUUGGAGAUGCUGGUGGAGAACGUUCUAAAGGAUUUUGACUCUCCAUCUGCCACUCAAAACUUCACUCUGGAAGUCAUUCCUGACAUCUCCUCUGUUGUGGUGACUUUCCAGAAUGGAAAAGUAAACACAGAUUUCGUGCAAGGAUGCCCCCAAAAUAGGACGUUCACGAAGAAGGGACUAUCAGUCCGGCCUCUUGAAGUCACAGAGCAAGUUGUUGUUGAAGACGUACAACAUUUUAGUGACGACCUCUUCCGCCUUUAUUUUGAGAAUGAAGGAGGGGAUGUGGAAAGUGUUGUGCUGAAUGAAAAGGAACAGUCUGUCAUCAUCACCUUUGAAGACUAUACAGCUGUUCAUAAAAUCAUGAAGAAGAAGCAUCGCAUCAAGGGGGAAGAGGUCAUAGUUUAUCCUUUUUAUAAAUCUUUGGGAACGGCCCUCUACGGCAAAGAUACGCCCUCGCUAAAACUCCCUGCGGCUGUCGCUGAGUCCGUUGACGACGCUGUCUGGAGAUACCUAAACGACAAUCAGUCGGCUGCAGAGACCAUUCAUAGCCAAAUGGCAAAAGACUUCUGCAGCGUAAACCUCGAGCAAUCCGGCGUGUACUUGAGCCCGCUAUCUUCACUACUACAGCAAAAAGAGGCCAAAGUCAUUGUCAAAAAAUGGAGAGACACUGUCAAGUCGACCUUUGCACAAGCUCUGUCAAAAUUCAAAUCCCUGAAGCUUCAGCCAGAGUCCGAGGUAUGGGAGGAGUCUGAGGAGAAGAUCAGAGAGACUCUACUGGCCGAGGAUGUGGUAGUAGUGCCUGAUAAAGUCAGUGGCGUCUUAUCAGUGGCCGGUCUCGAGGCCGAUGUCAGCAGACUCGAGCCGACUCUUUACGAAGUCGUUAACAGGAUUGCCAAAAGGGUGCACAGGGAGAAAUCCAGCGUGACCCAAGCGAUACAAAUGGUGCCAUCAAUUUACCACAUCCUAAGUCAAGGCGGUCUUCAGGACAAGCUGCUACAGGUGUACCCAGAGCUCAAAAUAUCGUUUAGGAAAGAAGCAGGGGAUUUGAAAGUAACUGGCUUCAUGGAAGAGAUUUCUGCAGCAAGCAGCGUCAUAUAUAAUGCCAUGAUUGCACUAAAACGGCAGAAUUUAGAAAUGGACAAGUACGUGCUUGACUGGUUGAAGGAGGAUCAACAAGAGGAGCUGACAAAUGAUCUCCUCACAUCCGAGGGAAUAAAUGCAGCAUUUGAGAUCAACGCUCACACGGUGCAGCUCGUUGCUGCUUCCAACGGAGAUCUGAAUGAUGCCGAAAUCCAUCUGAAGAGGCUGCUAAUAUCUCAAAACAUUGACGUUGAAGACCGCAAUGCACUGGCGAAGCCAGAGUGGCAGGACCUGGUCAGUCAGUUCAAGAAUGCCGACAAUAAGUCAUGCAUGAGAAUUAAAAUCCACACCGCUGGCCAACAAGUCGUGGUGUCUGGUCACAAGGACAGUGUCAAAACCGUUAGCAAUGAACUUGAUGACUUCUUAACACAGAAUGCUCAAGUUGAAGAAACGGUUGUGGUCAAGACCAACACCAUAGUGGAAUACAUUGAAAAGCUUGACACAUCUUGGUUGGAGCCGGUGGAAGACAAAGUGGUGGUGUCUUACAGAAAGGAGGCAAUCAGUCUCAGUGGUUCCAGAGGGGAUGUCGCAAAGUGCAAGGACCUGGUUGACAACCUGGUCUCUUCUGUGUUCUUUGACAUGUUUAAAAUCUCCAUGCCUGGAGUGAAGAAGUUAUUCAAAAAUAAAGCAGUUCUGUAUGUUUCCUUACUCUUAAAUGAAACCGGCUGCCUGGUCGAGCUGGUUGAUGGGACUAGUGGUGGACAGGCGUUUUUGGCCAAAAGACAAGCGCCACAGCCUGUGUAUCGGCUUCGGACACCCGAUGGAGUGGAAAUAGCCGUUUCCAAGGCGGAUAUGUGCAGCUACCCAGUGCAUGCCGUUGUCAAUGCCUCUAAUCCGGACUUGAAACAUAAUGGAGGUCUUGCAAGAGCACUUCUAAAUGCUGCCGGACCCCAGUUUCAGGUUGAGUGUGACAAACUAAUUAACUUAAACGGGCAGCUCAAGCCUGGGGACUGUGUCAUAACUGGCGCGGGGGGGCAGCUUUGCUGCCAAAUGGUCAUCCAUGCAGUGGGACCCCAGUUUGAUUCAGACAAUCCCCAGACGCCUCAGGCGCAGUUAAAAAGAGCCGUUAAAGGAAGCUUGGAGCUUGCUGUAAAGCACGGCUGCGUCUCUGUGGCUCUGCCCGCUAUUAGCAGAAACCAAGGCUUUACUCUAAAUUUCUGUGCCGACACCAUAGUCAAGGCAGUGAAGGAACACUGCGAUAAGUACGGAGACAACGUCCUGAAGAAGAUCCAUUUGGUGAACGACGACGACAGUACUGUUCAGGUGAUGGAGGCGGCUGUCAGACAGGAGUUUGGAAAUGGUGGCGUUUCUCCACCAACUCCCCUUACCAGGACCAUCAAGCCUCCCCUUGGAACAUCUGCUGCAUCUGAUCCAAACUGCUUGGGUCAAGUGAACACCAAGGAGGGCUUGGGCAUCACUCUCACUAAAGGAAAUAUCGAGAAUGCAGUGACGGACGUGACUGUCAACACCGUGGCUGAAGAUCUUGCCCUAAACAAAGGGGUAGUUUCAGUCGCCGUCUUGAGAAAAGCUGGAUCCAAACUCCAGGAGUUGGUAAAUGCGAAUCAUGCAAGCGGGAAUAUCGGCGAUGUCAUUGUUACCGAUGGCUGCAAACUAAAGAGCAAACAAGUCUUUCAUGCAGUUGCGCCUCAUUGGGACAGGGGACAAGGCACAGCUGAAAAGCACUUGAGUUGUAUUGUAAAGGACUGCUUGGGCAAGGCAGAGGACAGCGGUCUGACCUCCGUGUCCUUCCCCGCCAUCGGCACUGGAAACCUGGGUUUCCCGAAAGAUCUUGUAGCAUCACUGAUGUUGGAUGAAAUCUUGGCGUUCAGCAGUACCAAACAACCUAAGCACUUGAAGAAGGUUGUGAUCAUCCUUUACCCACAAGAUGCACACACUAUCCAGAGUUUCAUUGAUGUAUUCACAAAGAAGUUCCCAAACGUCUCACUGCCCACGAGUUCCCCACAAAGUCCAGGUCCCUUCUCCAAAGUCGUCUCGAGCUCAGGAAUGCAUGAGAGCAAAAUGGGGAGUGUGACCGUGCAGGUGGUCACGGGAGACAUCACCAAGGAGACGUCUGACGUCAUUGUCAACUCCUCCAAUGAAAGAUUCACUCUUAAGUCCGGAGUAUCCAAAGCCAUUCUGGAUGCAGCGGGUCAGGCUGUGGAGGUGGAAUGCACAAGCCUCAGUGCCCAGGCCAACCCAGGCAUGAUACUAACCCAGCCAGGCAAUCUCAAGUGCAAGAAAAUCCUCCAUGUAGUUGGACAGACGGACCCAGUAAAAAUCCAGAAGGUUGUAAAAGACGCACUGCAAAUGUGUGUGACCAACUCAUACACGUCGGUCUCAUUUCCUGCCAUUGGCACAGGUCGAGGCAACGUACAGGCAAAGCAGGUGGCGGACGCCAUGUUGGAUGCCGUGGUCCAUGUGAUGAGCCAGAACACUAACUGUCCCCUGCAGACAAUUCGGAUAGUUAUUUUCCAGCCGCCCAUGCUGAAAGAAUUCUACAACAGUAUGCACCAAAGGGAAGAUACCGGCCCAAAAGACAAGAGUGGGUUCUGGGGAAACGUCAGCUCCAAACUCAAAUGUAUGUGCAGGAGAAUCAUUUUGUUGCUUGUAUUAUUUCAUCUGUCCUUUGUCCUUUCAGCAUUUAUUACGAGUGCGACAAGUGGUGGCAAGCCACAGAGGCAAGGGGAUUUUGUCAUCGAGGCUCUGAAAGUGGACCCCGCUGCCUUCCACAUCUGCGGCAAGUCGCAGGCCCAAGUGGACUUGGCCAAACAGCGGCUCAGCAACAUGAUAACCCUAGAACAACACAGCCUCUGCAUCCCAGACAACUCCAUCCUCAGUUUCUCCGAUGGGAACCACCAGCGCAUCGUGGACAUCCAGAAGACCAUGGACUUGACGAUAAGGACCGAGAGCAAGAAUGCCCAAGCCUCUUUGACCAUCGACGGGCUCAGCAAGGACGUGCUCAAAGCCAGCAACGAGAUCCAUGCGAUGCUGAGGUCGGCGAGAGAUAAGGAGGAGCUGCAGAAGAAGGCGGAGCAGGCGGCGGGCACAGUGGCGGACUGGCAGUACCAGCAGCAGGGGCUUCAGUUCCAGAGGUUUGAUUUACUGGCCAACUUCCAGCUUGAGCAAGCUUUGGAAAACAAGCAAGCAAGCGUAAAGGUUCGAGUCCUGGGUCAAGACUACACCGUCGCCAUGCCAAAGGGACCUGCCACCAACAACCAGGGGCUCAUCCUCCAGAUAAAGCGCAUUGACAAACUGAAAGACACGCCUGAACACUGGGAUACGAUGCCAGCCAACAGCACAAGUCAGGUCGUCCUCAUCAAUGCUGGGACCGCAGAGCACACCGAAGUCCUCACUCUGUUCCAGGCCACGUGCAAACAAACAGUUAUCAAGAUUGAGAGGAUCCAGAACCCUGUACUGUGGAAGAGCCUACAGAUCAAGAAGUGCGACAUGGAGCAGAGAAACAAUCACGGCAACAACGAGAAACGCCUCUUCCACGGCACCUGUCCCAACACGGUGGCCCACAUCAACGAGCACGGCUUCAACCGGAGCUACGCAGGAAAGAACGCUGCGUGUUUCGGCAACGGCACGUACUUUGCCGUCAACGCCAACUACUCGGCCCAGGACAUCUACUCCAAGCCCAAGCCAAAUGGGGAGAAGUGCAUGUACCUCUGCCGAGUGCUGACGGGGGAUUUCACCGCCGGACAGCGCAACAUGAUCACUCCGCCGACCAAGGGCCCCGGCUCCAUUCAGCUGUACGACAGCGUGGUGGACAAGGUGGCCAACCCCAGCAUGUUCAUCAUCUUCCACGACAGCCAGGCGUGUCCCGAAUACUUGAUUACGUUCAAAUGAAACACAGACAUGCAGCCAAAAAACAACAACAACACCUUCUGCUUGACACUGCUUUUUCUUUUUCUUGAGAUAUUUGGUUUAAACUUCCGAUGAGUGCAAUAAUAUAAUAAUAGUCAUUUCCUGGUUUACAAACAACCUAUAAUGAUCACCAAGGGUCAGUUAUAGAGGUAUUAAUACUCCAUGCAGUGCCUUGAAAUAAUCUCUUAUCAUGCUACGGAGUAAUUAUGCGAGAAGAAAUCAAAGAAUGAAAAUAAAAUGAGAGGUUUCACAUAUGUUUGCCGAUAUGUUGUUGCUCUGAUUUCAAUGUUUGUGUCCCGUGGGACAAUGAAGCAAAGCACCUGGAGCGGCUCCAGGAAAUUAUGAGAUGGUUGUCUUGGCACCUGGGUGUCAAUCAGGUCACCGAUCACUUUUGGUUUUGAAAGGAAAACUGGCCUGCACUAAUAAAAGUUAAUAUAAGCACACUGAUAUGUCGAUUGCUCUCUGUAUUUAAUGCAAAGUAAAUUCCACUUCAAUAUUUGUAUCCAGGGUUUCUCUAUUAAACAAAGUAAAAAUAA